CAGCAGGAAGCAACAUGCGCUCCUUAGCGGGACUGACUGCCAUUGUGGCGGCUGCAAGUGUCUACCUCUACCUGCUGUCGGCUCAUCUUCCCCCGGGACCGAAGCACGUCCAGCCGGACUCCCGUGGGGAGGACGAGGGAGUCCAGGAGUACAGGCUGAAGUUCCCAUCGGACCUGGAUGAGCUGCGGGAGCUUGCAGAGAUGCUCAAGUUUUAUAAAAGAGAACAUCACGGCUACGUUCUGCUGCUAUUCUGCAGCGCCUACCUCUACAAACAGUCCUUCGCCAUACCUGGCUCCUCCUUUCUGAACAUGUUAGCUGGUGCGAUAUUCGGGCCCUGGGAGGGUCUGGUGUUGGCCUGCCUGCUCACCACUUCAGGCUCCACAUUCUGCUUCCUGCUCUCCUCUGCAUUUGGAAAGCAGUACGUGGUUCAGGUCUUCCCUGAGAAGGUGGCCCUGCUGCAGAGGAAGGUGGAGGAAAAUCGUAGCAGUUUGUUCUUCUUCCUCCUUUUCCUUCGUUUCUUCCCUAUGACUCCUAACUGGUUCCUUAACAUCACCUGUCCCGUCCUCAACAUCCCUAUGCCCAUUUUCUUCUUCUCUGUGCUCAUAGGCUUGAUCCCCUACAACUUCAUCUGCGUUCGCACGGGCUCCAUCCUCUCACAGAUCUCCUCUCUGGAUGAUAUCUUCUCCUGGGGGACGCUGGCCCAGCUCCUGGCCAUUGCCUUCAUGGCUCUCAUCCCUGGCGCGCUGAUCAAACAGUACAGUAAAGCUCACCUCAAGGUCGACGGCAUGGACAAUAAUGGACCCAGGCAGGCUGAAAUCACGCAGAGCCAGAAGAGAAGAUGAUUCUGGGAUGAAAGAGGAAUCGUCUGGUUUGGGAUUUCCACACACAACAUUGUGUCAGAAAAACUGAGAUGGAAAAAAGCUCUCUCCACUGGUAGGCGUGUGACCUUUUGUCUUCUCCAGCCUCAUGAUUUCUGUAAGGUCACACCAAAGGCUCAUCAUACUUAUAGUAUGAUCUGUUGUGAAAGUUUGGAAAUGUCUUCAGGUCAUGUUACACCAGACCUUAAGACUACAGUUUCCCAAUGAUCUCUCAAUAAUACACAGAGCUAAAGUUGUAGGGAAAUCUUAUGAGAGGUCUAUAAGAUCUUAAAAGUUGAGGCUUGAAAGUGCUCAGUAGUUCACAUCCUAGGGAAAAUACUGUGAUGAUUGGUGUUACAGUAAGCUUUAAAAUGAAUGAAAUCACUUCUGAUCAUCUUGGCAUGAGAUCAUUAUUAAAAAUAUUGGCUUUUAAUUUGUUAACACUGAGGAAUAAUGCCAAAACAUGACAAAUUAGAUUCUUUUUGGAAUUUCUCUGAACAAUAUCUUCCAUUUCAGUCAAUCAUUGAGAUAUUGUGGAAAUGUAAUACUCUCUCACUGACAUGAUCACUGUGAUCUCAGUGAUCUCUGGAAACUGACUGUUGACUGCUGUCAUACAGUCAGUUUCCAUCCCAUGGCCAACCAAGGGCUGCCAAUCUGCUGCGUCUGUUGUGCGUCAUGAUGUUGUUCUGCAUUUCUUUCUCAGUCCACCGUGACUGCAGUUGUAAAUUCUGACCUUCUGUCCAGUGUGUUGCCAUUGUGCCAAGUUAUCACUAGAGCUUUAAAAGUAAUUUGCUCUGUGUAAUAAAUAUGUACUGUUGAGCUGCACAGGAAGCCCCACUUGACCCUGUUUUCUCAGGCUUAAACACACUGGAUGUCCUCACAAGCCUCUGCCACUUUAUGUUCCUUUUGUUCUUUGUUGAUAUUACCGUCUGCUGUGGAUUAUGGAGAUCAGACAAUUAACCAGCUACACAAUAAUGUUAAUUUCAUCUCCUUUCCUUAUGUGUUUACUCAGUAACUCAGUUUGCAGCCACGUACACGUGUCUUAAUGUAGCUGUGGCUGCAUUCACAGAUGACUUUUAUAGUAGCUCCGUGCUGACCAGUUGUGAUCUUCUCAUGAUGAGCUUAACAAAGAGAAGACAAAAGGUAUUUGAACACCAGCAUACUGUAAUUUGGUGCUUUUCUGAACUCAUUCACUUGCGGUUUGUAGUUAGCAGCUCACUGAAUUGUGCUAAAGUAUGAAUGUACCCUCUACUAGGUAGAAAAGUUACAAAACAAAAACUCUUAAAAACUUGAUAAUCAUUAGCAAAAUGUGAUUUUAUUACCAGCACUUACUCUUUAACCUUUACCCAGUGAGGGCUUUGCUGAGCCUGCACCACAUCACAUUUAUAGUUACACACAUUAUCACCUUGUUGCUGCCAAGCACAAAGAGUCUUUUACUGUAGGUGUUGGUGCAGGUCUAUGAACAGAUAAGGCAAGUUGCCUUGCUCAUGAGCACCUUGACAUCACCUGAGGAGAAGUUUACUCCCUCAGUGUACCUCAGUGUAUUCAGAAGCAGAUAAUUCAUAUGUAGGUAAUAUAUGUAUGUGUUCAGCCAGUGGAAGUUAGCAUACAUUGAGGCUUGAUCCUUUCAUCUUACAAAAGAAAAGCACAGCUUUCCAGCCUGGUAUGAAGUUACUCUAAUAGUAUUUAAUUUGGAGACACUCAUGAGAAGAUCAUAUCUGGUGCUCCUGUAAAUAUGAGGCCUUUAACUGAGUGUGGUGUUGCACUUUGUGUUGCUGUCAGUGUAACUGAUUUACUGUUCCAAUAGUUUGGAAUUGAACUAUUUUUUUUAAAGUCAAUGAUUUGCUGAGCAGAGAGUCUGUAGAGAAUAGCCUUAAUUGCAUCUUCUUAUCAAGAAACAUAAACAAUACUAUUGAAAUGUAUAAAAGUCUCACUGAGAGGAGCAACUUGCACUUUUCCUCUAAAUUCAGGUGCGACUGUAGCUCAGAGAGGGACAGUCUGUAACUGAAGGCCUUGACAAAAUGAAAAAGCUUUUUAAAGAUCUGGAUCAUUUACUGCAUAGAGAUAUUUCAUGAUUAAUCUAAUUUCAAGACGAUCUUUUGUAAAAUGAAUACGUAGUAUUUUGGUUAUCAAAUCUUAUAUUGUAGCCUGACAGUGUAGCGAAGUUACAUAUCUGUCAGUCUAGCUGCUCUCGACACAAACAGUGAAACGUUCUCGCUCUGUGAGUUUGGUGGUUCCACUGUUGUGUCAGGAAUGUCAAAAAACCCAAAGUGCCAAAUUGCAUCUGCUGUUCAUCUUCCGACAGCUAAAUAACAUACAUUCAAGAGGUAUAUUAGUUAUAUAUUAUUUAUAUAAAACACUUGUGUAAAACGUUGUUUGUUGUUGACAAUGUUACUUUAAGUUUUAAAGGGCUUUGUGUAGGUUCCAGGAUGAGAGAUUGUUGUUCUCCUCUUCUUUGACCAAAAAAAAAAAAGACAAAACUACUCCAGUCUGCUCAGGGGAGACAAGAGCUUUAAAAACCUUUUUUUAAAUCCUACAUGUUGUGCAUAAUGCAGGUUUUUGUGUGUUUGUGUGUGUGUAAAAAUUUAAUAAAAUCAAGUAAUGUCUA